UCACGUGACGCCGGUUUUCCGGUUCCGGCGGGGAGCGGAGCCGGAGCGGGCGGACCCCCCUGAGCGGAUCUGGGGGUGCGCCCCCCUCUCGCUGCCGUGAUGGCCGCGCUGGGCAGCAGCUCCCAGGUGGUCACCGAGUACGUGGUCAGGGUGCCCAAGAACACCCCAAAACGCUACAACAUCAUGGCCUUCAACAGCGCCGACAGGGUGACCCUGAGCACCUGGGCACAGGCGCGCAUGGAGCGGGACAUGAGCAACAAGAGGAUCUACGCCGAGGAGGAGCUGCCCGAGUCCGGCGCCGGCAGCGAGUUCCACCGCAAGCUGCGCGAGGAGGCGCGCAGGAAGAAGUACGGGAUCGUCCUGCGGGAAUUCCGCGCCGAGGACCAGCCCUGGCUGCUGCGGGUCAACGGCAAAACCGGCAGGAAGUUCCGGGGCGUGAAGAAGGGCGGGGUGACAGAAAACGCCUCCUACUACGUGUUCACCCAGUGCCCCGACGGCGCCUUCGAGGCCUUCCCGGUGAGGAACUGGUACAACUUCACCCCGCUGGCCCGGCACCGCACCCUGACCGCCGAGGAGGCCGAGGAGGAGUGGGAGAGGAGGAACAAGGUGCUGAACCACUUCAGCAUCAUGCAGCAGCGGCGCCUGCGGGACCAGGACGAGGAGGAGGAGGAGAAGGACAAGGGGAGGAAGGCCCCGGGCAAGGGAGGGGGGCUCCGGAUCCACGACCUGGAGGAGGAUCUGGAGCUCAGCUCCGAAGAGAGCGAGGGCAGCGAGGCUGAGGGGGAGAAGGCAGCAAGGCCAAAGGCUGCUGGAGGGCAUCCCAAGAGGAAGAAGAGGAAGGGCAGGAAGGGCUCUGAGGACGAAGCCCUUGAGGACAGUGACGAUGGUGACUUUGAGGGCCAGGAGGUGGAUUACAUGUCUGACGGCUCCAGCAGCUCCGGCGAGGAAGAGACCGGCAAAGCCAAAGCGCCCAAGGAGGAGGAGGAAGGCCCGAAAGGCAUCGACGAGGCGAGCGAGAGCAGUGAGGAGAGCGAGGAGGAGAAGGCAGAGGAGAAGGAAGAAGAAGAGGAGGGAAAAGCGACCCCCACCCCCCAGGAGAAGAAGAAAAAGAGGGAAAGCAGCGAUGAGUCGCAGACGUCAGAGGAGAGUGACAUCGACAGCGAGACGUCCUCGGCGCUGUUCAUGGCGAAGAAGAAGACCCCCCCCAAGCGUGAGCGCAGGGCCUCGGGCAGCAGCUCCAGAGGGGGCUCCCGGCCCGGGACCCCCACGGACUCGGGGGGCACCGGGGGGACCCUUCGGGCCGCGGCUGCCAGGCUGGAGCAAGGCCGCCGGGCACCCCCGGGGGGCUCAGAGCCCCCUCCCCAGAAGCGGCUGAAGGCGGAUCCGGGCCCCCCCUCAGGCAAAUCCACGCCCCAGCCCCACUCCGGGAAGUCGACCCCGAGCAGCGGGGAGGUGCAGCUGACGGAGGAGGCCGUGCGCCGGUACCUGUCCCGCAAGCCCAUGACCACCAAGGACCUGCUCAAGAAGUUCCAGACCAAGCGCACGGGGCUGAGCAGCGACGCCACCGUCAACGCCCUGGCCCAGCUGCUGAAGCGCCUGGACCCCGAGCGCAAGCUCAUCGCGGACAAGAUGCACUUCUUCCUCAAGGAGAUGGCAAGGCCGGGACGAGGUUGCUCCUUCCUCCUCCUCCUCCUCCUCCUCCUCCUCCUCGUCGUGCUCGGACCCUGCGGCGCCCCCCCCGCGCCCCCCCCCGCCGCCCCCCCGUGCGGGCUCCGCAGCGUCUCGGUGGGGGUGGGGGCGCUGGGGCUGGGGUACCCCUCCCCCGAGACCGUGGUGUUCCGCUACUGCGGGGGGGGCUGCCCCGCGCCCCCCACCCUGCACGGGCUGGCGCUGGGGGCCGUGCUGGGCCCCGGGGGGCCGGGCGGGGGUCCCUGCUGCCGCCCCACCCGCUACGAGGACGUGGCGUUCCUGGACUCGGGGCUGCGAUGGCAGCGCCUGCCGCAGCUCUCGGCGGGGGCCUGCGCCUGCCUGGGGUGAGACCCGCCCCCAAUUAACCCCCCGAGCCCCCCAGAGGUGACUCCUCUUCAGAAAUACCCCCCAAACCCCUCCCUGAACCCCCCAAAACUCCUCCCCAUCUGUCAGGGGGGAGUUUUGGGGGUCCCUCCAACCACCCCC